UACUCCGUGGUUACGCCUGGCUAGACCUAGACCGUGUAUUCUUGGAUCGUGGUUGAAAGAGCUUGUUUAGUUAUUUCUCGGCGAAAAGAUUCACGUCGUCUGCUCGCUUCGCAAUUCUCCCACAUUUAUUGUACUUACACGGUUACGCAUUAAUUAAUCAUCAUUUAAGUUUGAGCCAUUUUCACAGAUCGUGAUUGAUCUAUGAAAACAGUGCGUCAUGGAGUACGGAGAUGCUGAAAGGAGUGAUACGAACGAAAAUAUUUGUAAUUCGAGUCCCUCUCCUGAUAGAAUACCAGCAUCAAAAGGAAAUAUUACAUCUUUGGAGAACUCUUUAACUUCCUGCGUUAACAGUACAACACCAGCAGACGGCGCUACUGCUACUACCUCGCAAGAUAUGCCUCAAUAUAUCAUAGACUUCAUUGUAAUAUACAACAAGCAAAAGAUCAACAUCAAUUUUCGGAUCGAUGGGACUGUAUCAGAAUUAAAAAAUUAUCUGCAAAAUAUUAUUGCUGUACCUCAAGCUAUGCAGAAAGUCAUGUUUAAAGGUUUAGCUAAGGACAACCAAACUUUAAGAAGCUUAGGUGUGGUAAAAGGUUCAAAGGUUAUGAUAGUUGGUUCAAAACUGGAUGAUGUGCUAGCUGUAUCAAUUCCAACAAAGCAUGACAUAGCCGAUGAUUCUGCGAGUGCUGCUAGUAAAGAACCCUUGUCUCAGCAAACAAUACACAGAAAAGUUCUGGAUAAAGGAGUUCCUGAAGAUGCAAUGCCUGGAAUUUUAGAUACCAAGGAAACCGGAAACCAUGGACUAAACCUUAAAGAGGAGAUUCAACGGAAGCACCACACGGUUUAAGAAACACCUUAGGGAAAACCUAGAAAGCUUUAAACUCCAAUUUUGUGACAAAUUCAUACCCGUACAAAUCUACAUUAUACACAAGAUAGACAAACUUAUACUCAAGGGAGUUGGCAACAGACAAACAGAAAAACUCAAAACCUACUGGAUAUAAGCGCAAAUAAGCAUGACCUGUGAAGGAGAAUAGGAGGCGCCACGUUAGAACUAGACUUAUACUUUGAAUCACAAACAUUACAGGAUCUGGAACAGGAAUUUAACCAAAUUUCAGAAAUGCAUCCAAAUCCCCGCGAGGAGGGUGGGUGUAAAGUAAUCGUCACAAUGAGUAGGAGCUCGGAGCGACCCUGCAUGAAUAGGUUGGGGGGCGUCAUCCGAAACGUCGGACGACCCGUGUGCCGUAGCCGGACUAAUCAUUCUUCCUCGUUCGCUCGUUAAAAAGGCUAAUCGCUCUUUGCUUGUGUCGUGUAAGUGAAGGCUCUCGAUCCUGCUCUGAAUCACCUGCUAGUGAAAACUGCCUCGCCACGACUCCCUGACCUAUUCGUGGUGGGCACGACCUACAGAGGGGCUGCAAUCGCAUCCAUAUGAUCGAGCUAGUUUGAAUUUUUACACUGUGACGUCUCCUAAUGAAUAUUAUUUAAAUAAAAAGAAUUUUAAAUUGA